UGAUGUUCCCGACGGCCCGUGCGUCGGCGGUGGUUGGGUGGUAAGAUGGCGGCUGUGAGUCUGCGGCUCGGCGAUUUGGUGUGGGGGAAACUCGGCCGGUAUCCUCCUUGGCCGGGAAAGAUUGUUAACCCACCCAAGGACUUAAAGAAACCGCGUGGGAAGAAAUGCUUCUUUGUAAAGUUUUUCGGAACAGAAGAUCAUGCCUGGAUCAAAGUGGAACAGCUCAAGCCGUAUCAUGCACAUAAGGAGGAAAUGAUAAAGAUUAACAAGGGAAAACGAUUCCAGCAAGCUGUGGAUGCCGUAGAAGAGUUCCUCAGGAGAGCCAAAGGGAAAGACCAGACAUCAUCCCACAGUUCUGCUGAUGACAAGAAUCGGCGUAAUUCCAGUGAGGAGAGAAGUAGGCCAAACUCAGGUGAUGAGAAGCGCAAGCUUAGCCUGUCUGAAGGGAAGGUGAAGAAGAACAUGGGAGAAGGAAAGAAGAGGGUGUCUUCAGGCUCCUCAGAGAGAGGCUCCAAGUCCCCUCUGAAAAGAGCCCAAGAGCAAAGUCCCCGGAAGCGAGGUCGGCCCCCAAAGGAUGAGAAGGACCUCACCAUCCCCGAGUCUAGUACUGUGAAGGGGAUGAUGGCCGGAUCCGUGGCCGCGUUUAAAUGGCAGCCAACCGUGAGCGAGCCUGUUAAAGAUGCAGACCCUCAUUUCCAUCACUUCCUGCUCAGCCAAACCGAGAAGCCAGCUGUCUGUUACCAGGCAAUCACAAAGAAAUUGAAAAUAUGUGAAGAGGAGACUGGGUCCACCUCCAUCCAGGCAGCAGACAGCACGGCUGUGAAUGGCAGCAUCACACCCACAGACAAAAAGAUAGGAUUUUUGGGCCUUGGUCUCAUGGGAAGUGGCAUCGUCUCCAACUUGCUAAAAAUGGGUCACACGGUGACUGUCUGGAACCGGACUGCAGAGAAAUGUGAUUUGUUCAUCCAGGAGGGGGCCCGCCUAGGAAGAACCCCCGCUGAAGUCGUUUCAACUUGUGACAUCACGUUUGCCUGCGUGUCGGAUCCAAAGGCAGCCAAGGACCUGGUGCUGGGCCCCAGUGGUGUGCUGCAAGGGAUCCGCCCCGGGAAGUGCUACGUGGACAUGUCAACAGUGGAUGCUGACACAGUCACCGAGCUGGCCCAGGUGAUUGUGUCCAGGGGGGGCCGCUUUCUGGAAGCCCCGGUCUCAGGGAAUCAGCAGCUAUCUAAUGAUGGGAUGUUGGUGAUCUUAGCGGCCGGAGACAGGGGCUUAUAUGAGGACUGCAGCAGCUGCUUCCAGGCAAUGGGGAAGACCUCCUUCUUUCUAGGCGAGGUUGGCAACGCAGCUAAGAUGAUGCUGAUCGUGAACAUGGUCCAGGGGAGCUUCAUGGCCACCAUCGCUGAGGGCCUCACCCUGGCCCAAGUGACAGGCCAGUCCCAGCAGACACUCUUGGACAUCCUCAAUCAGGGACAGUUGGCCAGCAUCUUCCUGGACCAGAAGUGCCAAAAUAUCCUGCAAGGAAACUUUAAGCCCGAUUUCUACCUGAAAUACAUUCAGAAGGAUCUCCGUCUAGCCAUUGCGCUGGGUGAUGCCGUCAACCAUCCGACUCCUAUGGCAGCUGCAGCCAAUGAGGUAACAGCAGGAGGCCGCGGUGCUAGUCCCAGCAGCCCUCCUUUGUUUCCCUUGCACUCCUCCCUCUGCUUACUUUGGCUUGGCUUGGCUCUGUGUCUAACCUCUCAAGGUGGAAUCUUAGGUUGUUGAUUUUAGACCUUCCUUUUCUAAGUAUAUUUCCUCCGAGCCAUGCUUACUUCCCUGGGAGUUCUUCUUUGACCUGUGGAUUAUUUGUCAAAUACAAAUAAAAACCCUGAAGGGUUUCCUAGAUACCUAAUGGUUAUUGAUUUUUA